GUGCUGGCCGCCAUCGUCGGCGGUGCUGGAUCGGGCGGCGACGCCCCCGCCACCCCCGCGGGCGACGACGCCGUGGUCGCCGGGAUCCUCGCCGGGCGCGCCGCGCCGCUGCCGCAGGCUGAGGGCGACGACGAGCUGCUGGGCAGCGCCCUCGGCGGCGGCCAGCAGCAGCACGACGACGCCGCGCUGAGGGGGGCGCUCCUGGGCACCGCGCCGGGCAGCCGCGGCGGUGCCCCUGUGGACGCGGGGUGGCUGGAGGGCCGCAACUCGCUGCGCCUCGAGGAGGACGCCGCGCUCGCGGCGCUGCUGGGGCCCGCGCCCCUCCCGUCGCCCCGGGCCGGCACGCGGCGCCCCGGGCAGGACCUCUCCGCGCGGCCCGGCGGGGCCAAGGUCCGCGGGCAGGCGCAGGCGCUGGCCGCCGGGCUGCUGCACGCGGACGAUGGGCGCGGGCUGCUCUUCGCGGCGCUGCGCCGGGGCGCUGGCUUGUGCCGGCAGGACUUGUUUAGAUAUUCGGUUACGCUGCACGUGGUGCCGAGGCCCAGCUCAGACGUCGUCAACCUGGUCCUCGACCUGCUCCCCUUCGACGCGUCGCUGCGCAUCAGCCGGGCUGCCUGGACUAGGACGCUGGAGAGAUGGCAAAGCCACCUGGCGCCGACGACGCCCGGAAGAGUCUCGCCGGAGGCCGUGAUGGGAACAAGGCAUACAAGCAGGAAGGAGAGAGCACGCCCGGCGAGGAGCCCCUUUGCUCACUCGCUGCCCGAGCGCCGCCGAGGUCCGUCGCCGCCUCCUCCGCGCCGACCCGGCCCAUCGGCCUCCCGCGGCACUACUCCCCGCUGA